AUGUCUCAAGAAGAUAAUUUUGUACCAUCAAAUGAUAAUGAUUCCACUUUAAGUGACAUUUCUCUCGAUAAUUAUUUUCAAAACCAACGACAACAGAUCGUCAAAAGAAAUAAAUGGACGAAACCGUAUCAGAGAUUAAUAUCCGAGUACACUAAUCCAACUUUAAGAGAUGAUAUUAUUAUUAAAGAUGUACCACUGACAUUGAAAGAACAAUUUAUAAAUUAUAAAAAUUAUAUAUGGAACAAUGAUGAUCGUUUAUUUUGUCAACGAGAUGGUUUAGGAUGGAGUAAACUCGCAUGCUACUAUUUCAUUUAUUAUCUUGUUUUAGCUAUUCUAUUUUCGUCAUGUGUCAUAUUCUUUUUUAUGCUUAUGGAUAAAAAAAUUCCACCAAAACGUCUUGAAUCAAGUGCAUUGGCUCUAGAUGGUUUAAAUCCAGGACUCGGCUUUCGUCCACAGUUACGUAUGGAUAAAACACUUAUUGCUUAUCGUACUUCAAGAAAAACGGGGAAAAAUAGUGUCGCUGAAUAUAGUGAUAAUAUGCAUGAAUUUGUAAAAACUUAUGGUCUAAAAGAUCAAUAUUUUCAACAAAUGAUCGAUUGUACAUUAUUACCACCUAAUAUAUUAAUCAAUUAUUUUCGUCAAGGUCUAUCAUGUAUUUUUUUAACAACAGAUCUUAAACCUGGUCCUUCACCAUGUCAUCGAUCAAAAAAUUAUGGCUAUAAUAAAGGUCGCCCCUGUGUAGUAUUAAAAUUAAAUCGAAUAUAUGGUUGGAUACCUGAACCUUAUCAAAAUAUUCAAGAAGUACCACAUGAAUUAAAAGAUGUUUGGAAACCAAACAUGAAACGUUACGUUCUUAUUAGAUGUUAUGGUCAAUAUCCUGCUGAUCGAGAUUUUAUUCAGCAAAUUGACUAUUAUUCAGUAUUAAAUGACAAGAAAAUUGGUGGAUUACCAAUUUAUUAUUUUCCUUAUCUAAAUCAACCAGGCUAUCGUUCACCCUAUAUACAGGUACAAUUUUCUAAAAUUGAAACAAACGUUCUCAUUAAUGUACUCUGUAAAGCAUACGCGAAAAACAUUCAUCAUAAACACAGUAUGGAAUAUCUUCAUGGUUCGGUUCAUUUUGAAUUAUUUCUUGAAUAUUCAAAAUAG